GAACUUCCCAGCCAUCUGUGAGUCCAGGGGAGCUGUCUCCACCAUCCAUUGAGCCAGCACAAUCGGAGUUAAUAGUGGAAGCUGGCGACACAAUCAGGCUGAUGUGUGUUGAUCCCGAAUUCGUCAAAUGGACUUUCGAGACCAUCAAUGCAAUGAGUGAGAAUAAGCACCAUGAAUGGAUUCAGGAAAAAGCCAAGGUCACUGACACAGGCAAAUAUACGUGUCUCAACAGUGCCGGCCUCAGGAGUUCUAUUUACGUGUUUGUUAGAGAUCCUGCCAUACUUUUCCUGGUUGACCCUCCCUUGUAUGGGAAAGAAGACAAUGACACGCUGGUACGCUGCCCUCUGACAGACCCAGAGGUGUCAGAUUAUUCCCUCAGGGAGUGUGAUGGGAAACCUCUCCCCAAGGACCUAACGUUUGUUCCAAACCCCAAGGCUGGCAUUACCAUCAAAAACGUGAAGCGUACCUACCACCGGCUCUGCCUCCGCUGUGCUGCCCAGCGCGAAGGCAAAUGGGUGGUGUCGGACAGAUUCAUCCUGAAAGUGAGGGCAGCCAUCAAAGCUAUCCCCGUUGUGUCUGUGACCAAAACAAGUCAUCUCCUUAGGGAAGGGGACAAGUUUACAGUGACAUGCACUAUAAAAGAUGUGUCUAGUUCCGUGGGCUCGAUGUGGAUAAAGGGGAACACUCAGGCUAAAGCACAGGUAAAACGCAGUAGCUGGCAUCAGGGUGACUUCGACUAUGAACGCCAGGAGACACUGACUAUUGGCUCAGCAAGAGUUAAUGAUUCUGGAGUGUUCAUGUGUUAUGCCAAUAAUACUUUUGGAUCAGCAAAUGUCACAACAACCUUGAAAGUAGUAGAUAAAGGAUUCAUCAACAUCUUUCCAGUGAAGAACACUACAGUUUUUGUAAAUGAUGGAGAGAAUAUAGAUUUGGUUGUUGAAUAUGAAGCUUACCCCAAACCUGAACACCACCAGUGGAUAUAUAUGAACAGGACCUCCACUAACAAGGGGGAAGAUUAUCUCAAAUCCGAUAACAAAAGUAACAUCAGAUAUGUGAACGAACUCCAUCUGACCAGAUUAAAAGGCACAGAAGGAGGCACUUACACCUUUCUGGUGUCCAACUCUGAUGUCAGCGCUUCCGUGACAUUUAACGUUUAUGUGAACAGUAAGUAAAUUGCAGGACUCCUUAUCUUUUUAUU